UUUUUUUUUAUUCUUUCCUUUUUCAAAUUCUCGUCUUGCCCUUCCUUUCCUUUUCACUAUGGCUUCCUUGAAUGCCACCUUUGACCAUCGAAGGUCCACAUGGAUAAAGCCAUCGCCUACAAAUAGCGUUUCCAGCCAGUCACCCCGCAAGGUCGACAAAGAAUUGCAAAAGCUUCAAAAAUUAGCUGUAGUUUCAUCCGUGUGGACCAAAGCAGGAGCUCACGAAGAUGAUCACAGUAACAACCAAGGACUCCAACAACCGCCCCUCACGCCUUCUUUAUCAUCAUCCAACCACCACCGACGCUCUCGUUCACCCACGGUCAGUGUCGAUUCAGCCACCCAUCGAUCCUCCACUGAUACUGCGAUCACGCCUUCUCCUCCAAAGGAAGAUUUGAGCCUGUUACUGCAUCAUGACCCAGCCGUAUCUAUUAAAGUACCUGAUGAUUACCGAGAGACCCAAGAACCAUCCACCGCGGCAUUGCCGGAACCGUCUGACGAACACGAUAAAAAGAAUGUGCGAUGUUGGGUAGAGGAGAAUUUAACACCGCUCUACAAUAAUGAAUCUCCGGUCUCGGUCAAUGAGCGUGCAAAUGACGAAAAAUCAGCCGAUGUGGCAUCUUGCCAUCGUCAACUGUCGCUUCAAGUGGAACAAGCGCGCAAGGAAAUCGAACGAUAUAAAAAAGAAAUGCAACGCCAAGAUCAGAUCAUGCAGCAAACCAUCAAUACUUAUUUGGAGCAGAAAGAACUUGAAAGUGUCAAAGUGAGGCAUUUAUCCAACAUUGUCCUGAAACAAGAACAGUUGCUUCAACGGGCCAUGGAUCAACUUUUUAUUACAGACGCUGAACCAUCUUUGGCUCACCCAUCCUCAUCAGAUAUUGCCGUGGGUGACGCCCGCAUGCAGCUUCAUUCGCUGCGAUCGGAAAUCAACGACCUCGCAUCGACCAAGCAGCAUCUUGAGCAAACCAUGGUCUCUUUACGCGGCGAGCUGGAUAUGAGCCAAAGUCACAUGCGUUUACUAAUGAUGGUGUCGACGGAAAUCCAAAAUGAAUACGAUACCCAGAAAUUGCAACUGGAGGAAAAGAUCAAGGAGCUAAAGGAACAAGAAGACGUUCUUCGUAACAAGCAAGCCGAAUUUGAUGAACAGAAACUUCGCAUGGACAGGUUAGCCCCCGCUCUCCUUUCCCAGAUCGAAGAAAAGGACCUACUUUUGCAACGAGAACAGGAAAAGAACAGAUUUUGCAUGGAAACCAUUCAAGCGCUGAGGCGGGAAUUGGACCAUCACCAUCAUCCGUACGAACGAACCGUCCUCACUCUCAAAGCAGAACCUUCUUACCAUGACGAAGAGAUCGGGCCCAGUAGUAUUGUACCAUCGUAUCUUACGACGGAAGGGAUGGUGUCUUCUGCCGAGGAAACGAAUCAUCAUGGACGUGACUCGGAAUCGAGGAGUCUGCGGCAUCGAACGAGCACAUCCACUUUCGGUUCAGGGGUGACAACGCCAGAUUCCGGCACUUUAUACACUAGCACCCCUCACUCAUCGAUUGGCCAUGCUGACGAUAUCAAAGAUAUUGACACCUAUCCAGUGGAACGACUGUCAUACACUUCCUCGCGUAUCUCUGGACCAGUGUCUGAUCGUUCAUCCAUCCCAUCCCACUCUCGUCGUACCACCAACAAGUCAAUUACCGCCUUUUCUCCACGUCAAUCCCAGAUUCCAAAAUGGUCGACCGCCCCUCUUCCUCCACCGACUCCACCGCCCAACGAACCUUUACCACCUACCCCACCCGCAUCCACCACCAGUACAGAAAGUGCCAUCAGUAGCCACCGUGCCAUCAUUGGAUGCGAUCGUGCUUUUUCUCUUCCCAAGGUUGGACGAUCGCCCAUGCCUAGCUUAUCUACCCCGACUACCACCAAACAUGCGUCUGUAGACAGUCGCGAUCGUAUUAAUCACAUUGGACAACGUCCUAAAUCACACUAUACGAACGAAUCGCAGUCAAGGCUGACCAAGCGCGAACGAUCCAGUGUAGGAAAGGACACAGAGCAUUUACAGGCACCGCCCGUGCCCGGGCAUGGUCGCCGUCGCGGAUCUCACAAGCAAGAAGGCACCAAGUGGAUGGAUGAUCCUGCCGGCACAGGAGAAUCGGCUCGACAAGACAAGCACGCCUCCUCCUUUUCUUGGAAAGGCAUGAAAAAGAAAUGGAGCGUUCGGUAAAAAGAAAACCAAAAAGAGAGAGAGAAAUUGACGAUAUCGCUGGCGAUAGGAUCUUUGUCUUCUUUUUUUGGCUCUAUGUUUUUGUGCAUCAUUCAUUCACCCUA